AUGGAAAAGCUUUCUGCUUUCCCCUCGCUCGCACCUGACGAGUUCAUCGAAGCUUGCGAACACGUUCGGAGAAUUCUGCCUGACAGCACCCUGCUUGUGGGUGAUUUGCCAGGUUUGCGCAUCACUCGACGCUUGGCUGCUGCUCUUCUUGUUAUUGAGGCCGAGGAUGAUCAUGAACCUGUUGAUGUUCCGAAUCGCGAAUCACACGAAGACGAUGUUGAUGAGGAAGCCAUAAUCAAACAGCCCCAGGACGAAACACUGGUCACUGUAUAUUAUGAUAUCUUGCUCUCUCCAAGCUAUAGAGUACCCGUGGUAUACAUGACCACUAGCCCUCCGCUUCCUGCCUCCCAAUUCUUCAACCUUGUUGUACCGCUGCACUUCCAAGAUGCGGUGCGCGGUGUAGGUGUUAUAGGUGCUCUGUCCAUGACGGUAAUUGUGGAUUCCUGGAUCAACGAAUCCUGCUGA